AUGUCUUUCAAAAAUAUUGCGUUGGUUGUUGCCCGCUACUUGCUCUAUGCUUUCGUCGUGCGCUGCGUUUUAAUCUAUAGCUAUCGUCUUAUAUAUCAUCCAUGUCAUUCAUAUCCUGGACCAUUCACUGCCAAGUUCACAGACUGGUACGGAGCAUUCCACGCUUUCUUCCGACGGCUUCACUUGGUCACGUACCGUGAUCAUCAGAAAUAUGGCACAGCCAUUCGCCAUGGGCCAAACAAACUUGUGUUCAACUCUGUCACAGCACUACACGAUAUCUAUCAGAGCGAGCGACUUUACAAGUCUCGAUCCUAUCUUGUGACACAACCAGUUGCGGGGGUUUACAAUUUAUUCAAUGUUCUAGACAAGCGCUCGCAUCGGAUCAAGAGAAGGAUUAUCGGGCAAGGUAUCAACGAUCGAUCGGCACGACAAUUCGAACCUGAUAUGAUCAAGCAUGUUGAUAUUUUCAUACAGCAGUUGCUGAACUCCUCCGGUAAGACAGGCGCAGCAGUGAAUAUGACGAAAAGGUGUAAAUAUCUUGGCAUCGAUGUCAUUGGACAGCUUGGAUUUGGGAGUACUCUCGAUUUACAAACUGACUCCAAGAACCACUUUGUCCUGAAAGGUUUGGAGACUUCAAACUUUCGGAGCAAUCUGUACAUCCAGUUCCCGCUAUUGAAAAAGGUUGGUAUGGAGCUUCUGCUCUAUCCAUUCAUCUUGACUCGACAAAUGAAAUACUACACGCUCAUCAGGGACUUGGUACUUGCUCGUCGAUCACAAGGCAAACAUGCGCGAAAAGACCUCUAUUCCUUCAUUGCCGACCUGAAAGACCCUGAGACAGGAGAAGGAAUGCGUCUGCGGAAUCUAUGGUCCGAAGCUGCCUUCUUCAUACCAGCUGAUCAGUGCCACCAAAUUCUCUCGCCGAUGGGACUGGCGACCACAAGAAAUAGACGGACUAACACAUCAACAGGGGGCGACACGACCUCGACUGCACUAUCUGCCACGUUCUUCUACCUUUCAAGAUACCCUGAAUGCUACAAAAAGCUUGCAAAAGAGAUCCGCUCAACGUUCUCAGAUGGCACAGAUAUCAAGAGUAGUCCAGCACUAGCUGGAUGUUCAUACCUUCGUGCGUGUAUCGACGAAAGCCUACGAAUGACGCCACCUAUUUCUACCACGCUGUGGAGAGAACUACCCGCUGAUGACAAGGAGCCAUUCUUGGUGGAUGGUCACGUCAUUCCUCCAGGGACACAAUUAGGAGUCAACAUGUAUGCUAUCCAUCACAACGAAGCGUACUUUCCAAACCUGUUCACCUUCCAACCCGAGAGAUGGCUUUUUCCAGAUGAGUCACAUAUGGAUGAAGAAGCCAAACUCGCGAAGAGGCGCAUGUAUGAUGCAUUCAGCCCAUUCUCGAUAGGAUCGAGGGGCUGUGCUGGUAAAGCCAUGGCCUACAUGGAGAUCAGUCUUGCGCUGGCUAAAACACUCUGGUAUCUUGACUUUGAGCGUCCUAGCGGUAAAGAGGACAAGGUUGGCGAAGGAAUUCCAGGAAAUAGGCAUGGAAGGGGAAGAAAGCUUGAGUUUCAAGGGAAGGAUCAAUUCGGGUCACUUCAUGAUGGACCCUUUUUGGUUUUUCGGCCCAGGGCGGAUGUCCAGAAGGAAUUGGAUGAUUUAAGCAGACUCGAGAGUCUCGUGGAUGGCUAG